AUGCUCUUCAUUGCUUCCUUUGACGGAUUUCUUAACUGUAACUGCCCAGCAGGCGACACAGAAGAUGGUGAGCGGAGCUGUAAAAAUUUCUCCGGUCUUGGAACUGUAAAGCCAUUUAAAGGCAACGAGUUCUUUUUGGUGCUUCAGUUCUUUUUGGUGCUUUUAGUUUUAGUGCUUGCAACUAUAGGCAAUUCACCAUGGGCUAAUGCACACAAUUUUGAUUGUAAGUACUCCAAGUCAGGCACAGAAAGGCCGCAUAGUGUUUCCAUAACAGAGUUUGGUGCCGUCGGUGAUGGUGUAACCCUCAACACCAAAGCAUUUCAAAAUGCAAUAUUUUACCUCAAUUCAUUUUCUGACAAGGGUGGUGCUCAGCUCUUUGUGCCCUCUGGGAAAUGGGUGACGGGUAGUUUUAGUCUCAUCAGCCAUCUCACUUUGUCUUUGGACAAAGAUGCCAUUAUAAUAGGAUCAUUGGACCCUUAUGAUUGGCCUAUUAUAGAUCCAUUACCUUCUUAUGGGAGAGGUCGAGAGCUACCUGGUGCAAGGCAUCAAAGCCUCAUUUAUGGUUAUAAUCUCACAGAUGUAGUAAUAACAGGAGGUAAUGGGACCAUAGAUGGCCAGGGAAGUAUUUGGUGGGAUUGGUUUAGGAACAACACACUGAACUAUACACGGCCUCAUCUUGUAGAAUUGAUGUACUCAACGGGGCUUGUCAUCUCAAAUCUUACAUUCAAAAACUCCCCCUUUUGGACAAUUCAUCCUGUUUAUUGCAAUCAGGUAUUCAUUCAGAACAUUACAAUCCUUGCUCCAUUAGAGUCACCGAAUACUGAUGGGAUUGAUCCAGAUUCGUCCACCAAUGUCUGCAUCAAGGAUUGCUACAUCAGCACUGGUGAUGAUCUUAUUGUUAUCAAGAGUGGGUGGGAUGAAUAUGGCGUCUCAUUUGCACAUCCAAGCUCCAACAUUAGCAUCCAAAGUAUUUUUGGUGAAACCAAAUCUGGUGCUGGCAUUGCCAUUGGAAGCGAGAUGUCAGGUGGUGUAUCAGAAGUGCAUGUUGAAGAAAUUAAUAUCUUCAACUCUCUACAUGGAAUCCAUAUCAAAACAUCACCUGGGCGUGGUGGAUAUGUGCGAAAUAUUUACAUCUCAAACGUUGUCUUAACUAAUGUCGAGUAUGCCAUCAGGAUCAAUGGUCAAUAUGGUCAGCAUCCAGAUGAUGGUUAUGAUCCAUAUGCAUUGCCAGAUAUCAACAAUAUCACUAUUAAAGAUGUUUAUGGAUUAAAUAUAGGCACUGCUGGUAUUUUGGAGGGCAUCGAAGGAGACAUUUUCUGUCAAAUUUGCCUAUCUAACAUAUCUCUAAAUGUAGCAUCGAAAGAUUCUUCAUGGAAUUGUUCAUAUAUUGAAGGCUAUUCAUACCUCGUGUCCCCAAACUCAUGUCAGUUGCUACAACAAAUUCCCAAUGACUCUUCUGUUUGUUAUUCUCCAGGUUUAGAUGCUGGAGACUGCUCUAUUAGCUCCUAUGUGACGUUGGCAUCUUUGUAGAUGACUGUUUACUGCAUAUAUCUUUGUUUAUGAUCUCUGUUCAUAGAUUAGGAUGUCAUUAGUCAAAAAAA